AUGUGGUGGGACUUCCCGAAGAGAUGCGCCCAGGCUUGCGCGCUCCAGCUCCGCCCGCUUGGCGCCAGGGGGCAGGCGCAGAGAGCGAUCCCCACACUGGCCCGCUGGGAAUCCUACGGGCAGUCGAUGCAGUGGACCCCCCGGCUCUCCCAGGAUGGUGUUUUGCGGGCCCAGUCCGGCCGGCUCGGGCUUCUGCCUCCCGGCUCCCCUCUCCCUUCCCCUCCUCCUCCUCCCCCUCUCCCGCUUGCUGGUCCCCUCCGGCUGCCCCCCGCCCGGCCCUACAGCAGCGACUCCUCCGAGGGCGGCGGGGGGCGGCGGAAGCGGAGCGUGGUGGUGGUGGGGGUCCCCAACCCGCUGAUGUGGCUCCGCACCCGCCUCUACUUCUUCCUCAUCCGCGCCUACUUCGACCAGGAGUUCAGCAUCCACGAGUUCACGCAGGGCGCCAAGCAGGCCUUCGCUAUUGUUUCGAAGUUGAUUUCUGAGUGUAAAUACGAACUGCUGGAGGGCUUGAUAUCUAAAGAGAUGCUUCAGGUGCUGAAAGAGAAGCUGUCUUUGCUGUCCGCAGACCACAGGCGCGCCCUUGCCGCUGACAUGGAUGAAAUAAUGUAUACAACAGCAGGAGACGUUGGCAUUUACUAUGACGAUAGCGGUAGAAAGUUUGUUAGCAUCCUGAUGCGUUUCUGGUACCUGACCAGCACUGACCUUCCGGACGAAACUCCAGACGGAACCAAAGUCUUCCAGGUGGUUUUUGGCGAUGAAACAACCAAGGAGACGAAACGCCUCUUAACAGCAAACUACGAGUUCCGAAGAGAAUUUACCCAGGGCGUCAAACCAGACUGGCUGAUUACACGGAUCGAACACCCGAAGCUUUUAGAGUAAAUUCACCGAACGCACGACUUCAUGGACAAUUAUUGAUACUUGGGCAUAUCGAUCAUCUCAAGAUGGGAGUGACGUAGUCUCUCGGGGACUAACUUUGUACUUUUCCAAAUACAGUAUAUUGCUGUGAUACAUCAUAAUAAAGUGUUUUCCACCAGA